CUUGGGUACGGGAACAAUGGUGGACCUCUUGAAGCAGGUGGGACAACAGACUGGGAUAGGGAGAGGUUGAAUAUUACAUUACUCCUCCCACUAACUGCUAAGCACUCCUUUGACCAACGUUAACUAACAUUGACUAGCUAACAAACAAAUUCACUUUUAGGUAAUGCAUCGCCUGGCCCAGGGCACAGUCUGACUCCACCCAGAGGACAGAUGAGUUUAAAAAGCAGCCGUAAGUAUUAGGCUAUAAGAAUGUGUACAGUGUAAUGUACACCUCAACAUACAGCUCCACACCACACAGGGGUGAUAUGUGUUUACUUGCUUCAAUAAAAAUGUUUGUCUUGUGUUUACAGCGUUCUGCCCUCGGUCGUCGAGCAGACUAACUCAGUACAUUAUUCAAGACCAUAUGGUGUCCCAUUACAAAAAGGUGUAUUCAGCUAAAGGUAAGGGAUACAACCGGUGAAGUAAAAUAACUUGUGUGUCCUCUAGAAUUUCAAUCAUACGUUGACUUUGGUUAUCGAUAUAAAUAUUGUCUGCCAAUGUCUUUCAGCUGCCAUUGAUGCAUCAGUACCCAAAAGUAUGCUAAGCAGUGUAAAAUGUAAGCUUAUUUUUUUACGUCUGAAAUCUAUCACAAAAUCUAAAUAAAUCACACAUAGGCUAUAUGAUCUGAUUUAGUUGAUCAUUGUUGUGUGUACCUUCACAGACAUUGACCAGUUACGGCGGGAGCAGUUGAGGAAAGAUGCAUCCAGGUCUGAUAGACGUCCUCAGUCAGCUGGCUCACACUCACAGAGGAGCAGCAGAGCCAACACCAAAGCCUCCUGCCCAUCACAAAAUACCCAAGUAAGAAGAAGCCACUGCUGUGAUUUCAGCCCUAUUACUGUAUGUAGUUUAGUUAUCUUAUUCACCUCAUUUUAAAUAAUUAUUGAAGUGUACACUGGCAGUCACACCGUCAUUAUAAGGGUGCAAUAUUACAUGGAAAUAUAUGGUAAAGAUUAUUGUAUUGAUUUUAAUGAUGGCUCUCUUGCCUUCCAGAGCGAAGCAGGUCAAGAAAAUGCAUAUUUCUACCUGGGAAGCUCAAAGAUUUCCACUCCAAGACUCAACACCUCCUUUCACGCCAAGCAAAUAGUUUACCCGUCCCAAACAGUCGGUGGGUCUGGGAGCCCCCCGCACUUCUUCCACUGUGCAUCAGAGUACAGCUAUAGGAGCCCAAACUCCCAGAGGCAGCAACCAGCCCACUCCUGCGCCACCACAAGUACCCAGAGUGGCUACAAGGCCUUUCAAGACCCUGUCCAGAAGACCUACAGUGGGGACCUGAUUCAGAAACACAGCCACCGCUUCACCCAGGACAAGCCCUUCACUCCCAGGACUCUGAAGUCAGACAGCAGGUCCUAUCUGUCUCAGUAUCGCUACUACACACCUCCUCGCAGUAAACCAGCCCAGGACCAGGAGAGGAGCAUCCCCAGGCUGACACGGCAGGACACCUAUCAUGGAAGGUAACGUGUUGCCCUGUCUUUGACAGCACAGGUGUCUUAUUUUUCUGUAUGUGUGAAUGAGGUGAGAGAAAGAAAGAGAUGUAGACAGGAUGAUUGGCUACUUAACAUCCUUUCAUAUAAUUGUUUCACCUUUGAACAAGAUCUAAUAAGAUGAGCAUGCUCAACAUUCGCACACAGCAGGUAGUCCAGACAAUAUCCUGAAUCCUGUUUAUUUUCCUGCAGCACACGAACCAAGGAAUGCUCAUCGGCUGAAUGGGAUGAUCCACCCCAGGCAAGUUGGAUUAAACCAUUCAUUCCUGGAAGAACAUAUUGCAGUAUUAUAGGAUAUAGUCAGGGAAAAAGUGUGGUAGAAUUAGUUGAUUUUUUUGCUGUUAUAUUGAGAGACAGUAGUGUGAAUAGAGGAAGUAAAAAGAGAAGUAAUUCAUGAGCACCUACCACAAAUGAAAGACAAUGCAAGAUCAGCAUACAUUAGAAUUAGAUUUAAGUGGUGUUUGGAAAUGCUAAGGAGAUGAUAGACAAGAAGUAGGAUUGGCUGAGAAUUGAGACAAAUAUGAUUGAUAUGGAUGCAGUGCCAAGGUCUUGCCAUAAGGUGGAGAUGACUAAGCCAGCAUUCAUCAUAUUGACAGCCUGGUUUGGCUUGGAGUAGCAAGGAACGGCAUCCAAUAAAAUACUCUUUCAAAUUUAGAGAGGUCAAUUACACUAGCUGUUCUGCAAGGUCAAUGUUAUUGGAGUGACUAUAAUAUUUCAGAUGCAGAGUCAACAACUCUGGUCUAAAUAAGGAAACAAACUCUUAAACAACUAAACAAAUUUAGAGCAAAUUAUACAUAUUAUACAGCUUAAUUAAACACAUGGAGCCUGAUUUAAAACAGAAUUAAUUGUUCAGUCUCUGUUAUUAUAGGGUCAUGGUACAGAGCAUGAGUGGUCGGAUGCAGACGAUGAGUCCCAUACACUGAAUCUGUCAGCAUUUGGACGACGAAGCAAGGGAAACAAGAGCGGAAGCAGUGAUCACUUCCAUUCCUCAUUCAGGUAAUGUUUAUACUGGUUUCAGACUGUAUAUGCUGUGGUAUUGUACCUGUGCUUCUUGUGAAAAAGUAUGUAUUUUGUCUUAAUUGGCUUCUUCCAGGGUUUCACCAGAAGGAAUGAAAUCUCCUAUCAUGAAGAGGGUGUCUGCAGAGUAAGAAGCAUUUUUUAACCUUGUCACCUUUAAUCACUACUUUUCUAUAAAUAUAGGAAAAGAUGAUAAAGUGUGAAAUAGGCUGCUAUAAUAAAUUAAUGAUUACUGCUGAACCCUAGCAGCUCCAAGCAGUCUCACUUAUGUAGUUUCCCUGUAAAGUAACCAUUCAGACUUACCAUUCCUUUCUCUACAGAGAGGAAGAAUUGAUGUACCUUGAAUUUAUUGCUGAUGUAACAAAUGAGAUCUUGUCCAGGGGCCUGUACUCUGACAGGUAUGUCACUUUUAUAUUAACUGUUUUUCUCAGGACAUGAGACCUUUUAGCUAGCACCUUAUCUGGUAUUUAUGCUAGGCUAUAAGUCACAAGUGAUGGCCUCUGAUAUUUGUAAUAAUCCCACCUGAUGAAACCUGUAAUAGGGGGCAUGUUAACGUUGCUGCAUUCUUCUUCUUCAGUGGGGUUUAUCGGCGGUUGGCAUCCAACGUUGCUGCACUGCUCUCUGGCUGCUUUUACACAGGCAGCUCAAUUCUGAUAUUUUUUUCACUAAUUGGUCUUUUGACCAAUCAGAUCAGUUCUGAAAAAGAACUGACGUUAAAAGAUCUCAUGCGAUUGGUCAAUUGACCAAUUAGUGGGAAAAACUAUCAGAAUUGGGCUGCCUGUGUAAACGCAGCCUGUGUGUCACUGAAUAUGAAUGUGUUACCACGUGUAGGUAUUCAUACUAAUUUAUUCUCCUUCCAAAGGGUCUUAGAGCGGGUGUUUGAACGUCACAUUGACAAAAAUAAACAUCUAUUAGAUGAGGUGAGUGUCUAAACUUUACAUGGCCAUCUGCACUGGCAGCAUGUUUUUUACACUAAUGCUACAUACAAAAUGGCACAGCGAGAACCAAACAAGCUGAUAUGUUCUGUACUUGAAAUCUGUCAGGGUCAUAGUGAACUGUUUUUGUUAUUUUUAAGGACAAAAUGCGCCACCUUCUGGAGACUCUGCGUAAUGACUUGCAAAGUCCAGCCAACACACCUACCUUUAGUGCAGAGCCUGAGAAUGGUGAGGAGACAGAUAUUGACCUUCAUCAUAGUCAUCUGCAGGUUCUGGAGUCUCUGGACAGAGGAGCACCAUCAGAAACCAAAGAGGAAAAUGACCUUUUUCCCAAUGCAUUGUUUAACCAGGACAGUGGUGGGCUGGAGAAUGUCGUUCCAUUGUCAAUGUCCACACCGUUAUAUGGUAGCCCUCCUCCUGAGAGGACUGACUCUGUCAGUCUGCCUGUUGGUUCACCCGAUGCUGAUGGAGGUGCAGAGGGCCUGGAUGAGCACAAUCAUGACAGGGAAAAUUACUUUCCUCCUUCACUUGGUGAAAACACCCUUCUGACCUUCGAGGAGGACCACAAUCAAAACCAAGAAGACAAUCAUGGUGGACUAUCCAAAGAGCUGGAAGAUCUCGAGAGAUAUCUGUCCGAGUCAUUGCAUGUUUCCAAUGCACCUGAUUCCCCAGGGCCAGUAGUCACUGAGAAUAUAAACACAUUAGCCUCUUUCAGUGAUGAUGAGUUCUGAUUUUAUUAGUAUUUUAGGGAUGAGUUUAGUGAGCUUUGUAGUCAAAGGAGACUAUUUUCGAUAAGAGCAAUUUGAUAUUGAGGUUUUUGCAUCUCAAAUGUGUUUUAUAAAUGGGAGCUGAUAGGUAUAUUUCAUACUUUUUGCCUAUUCCUGUUCUGGGCACCAUUGCCAUGGAGAUUUACAGUACAAAGUAUUGACCAAUAUAUAUUUGGAUUAUUGUUACAGUGAUUAGAAGGAACUAGACCAGAAAUGUAUUUUGUACUUUAUAUUUAUCAGUGUUUUGCUCAUUAUCUAGCCUAUUCAUUUCAAAUAAGAGGGUGCAUCUGUGAGUAAUCUAGGAAAGCAGUUAUUUUAUUAAAUUAAUUUCCCCUAAUAUAAUUUCAAUCAAGGCACUGUGACUGGC